AUCGGGCACGACCACACAAUUGCUACCGCCAUGCAAAAGGAAGGCUUCAAGAAGCAACCGCGCCAGGCCCGUCGUCUGUCGGGAUUCCUUGCGCACCAUGCUGCGUCCAUCGCGUCGGCGUAUUGCCUCUAUCGAGUUUAUGCGUGGGGUUCGGUUGAGUACUACCCCUUCGGAGAGGCAUUCCUGGACACGCCACCCCUACCCAUGGCCCCAAACUCGUGUCCUUUCAAGUUUGCGUCUUCGACGAGCGGGUUGAUUCCGGUGCAAGACGCUGUCCACGUUCCGCCAAACACUGCCUUCGUCAUGCUAAACGGUGCGAACGAAGGGAUGUGGGUGUCCUGGGGAGAUCACGACAGCACUGCCAAGCGCGAUCUAUCGAUGUGUUCGCAGGCUUUGGCGUCAUUUGGGGCCAAGGCGUUUGGCAACCAUGGAGUCGACGUCGACCAUGCUACGCUAUACGAUCAAAUGGGCAACGCGCUCGCGGGGCAGCCAUGGGACGCUGUGGUGACCGCAACGCGCGUGCACGUCCUUCUCGACCAAGAGGUGUGGGUGUGGCCGGGCAUUCAUGUCGGCCACGAAUGGAGCGUUGAUGGAGCGCGCAUGAAAACCCUGUCGUUGUCGCCCAAGGCAAUCUUCGUCACCAACUUCCUGACGGCAGAUGAAUGCAAUCGCGUGGUGGAAUCUGGCAAAGACAUGUUGGAGCCGUCGCCCACCGUAUCCAAGCAUAACUUGAAGGCCCUUGAGCGGUACCGCACUAGCUCCACAGCCUUCAUGGGGCACUUGCCGUUCGCGCAAGAAGUUAAAACCCGGGGUGCGAGUUUGGCGCGGCUUCCAGCACGCGACUACAUCGAGGACAUUCAGCUCGUGCGAUACGAAGCUGGCCAAAUGUACAAGGCCCACACCGACUACUUUACGCACGUCGACGUAGCGGACGAGCUCAACCACCCAGCGUCGAAAUCGUUUUCGCAUUGGAUCCAAUGGGUCCAACAACUCAACGUGAUUCCUCCCAGCCAUCCGUUGUACCCAACGCACACGAACGAAUUCGAGUUGCAGCUCGCAUCGCUGCUGCUUCAGCCGAACUCGUUUGUGAACGACGCACUGUGGACAUAUAUUCCACCGGAAUGGAAAGCGUGGAUGGAGAAGCACGUUGCGCUGCAGUCGGACUACAUCAUUUCGUCGAUGGUGGCCGCGUUUCAGCCCGUGAACCCCGUUGUACCUCUUAGCUUUAUUCGGCAGAGAUGGGAAGAGGUCGUGGGAGUCCCGGCCGCCGUCUUUCGGUUUCCGCUGCUGGCCAAGUACAUCGAACCAAAUCGCCACGCCACCUUGUUCGUAUAUUUAAACAAUGUCGGCGACGGCGGGGAAACCGUGUUCCCGAUGCAUCCUGGCUUUGACACGCCGAUCAACACGACGUCCGCCCAAGACAUGCCUGAAUGCUCCCGUGGGCUGGCCGUGCGGCCGCAGCAAGGCAGCGGCGUCCUCUUCUACUCGAAGCACCCAUCGGGUGAAAACGACUAUCGGAGUUUGCACGGCGGGUGUCCACCGGCAAAAGGAAGCAUCAAGUGGGGCAGCAACUUGUUCAUGUGGAACGUGCCUGCCGAGCGUGGCCAGCGCCUGUGGAAGCUCUGGUAGAUUGGUGGCACAAAAUGUUUUCUGUGGCACAGCCCACACGUGGACAUUCACUAAAACGCUUUCGUAUGGUUGUCGUUGGGACAAUAGUUCGGUGCCCCACUUACAACGGUUGGCGAUGGUUGCUGUUCUGGCGUAACUUGAGUCAUCCAGUAGCUGCAGCAGAGUUUGGACAGACUUGAGUAACCUCGCUGCACAAACUAUCAAUGGAUGCCACUUCGCGAACCAAAUUGUUAGAGGCGUAAGUUGGUAACAUCCGUUGAGUACAUCAUGAAUCGUGCAGCGGAGUAGAUAUCAGCUCGUUUAGAACUUAUGGCCAGCCCAGCAUCCGCUCGCACUACCAUGGCACAUCGGCAGGCGAAGGACUGCACCAGGUCCAAGCCUUCACAGCUCCUUUGCAUCUGAACAACAACUCACGAUCGCUGUGGACCACCGGUCGUGAAGGGCGGCGUCAAGCCCACGAAAACGUCGCGACCGUUUGCGCUGGUUUCACGUGCCAUUCUUGGCUCGCCACUACCGCUCGCACUUCCUUCGGAC